AUGGGGCUGAAAGUGAAGGACCUCACGCGAGAGGUGAAACGAGGUCCUUGGACGAAAGCAUUGGAUGCCUUAGGAGAGGCAUCAGCAGAACAGAUUCAAUUGGAUGUUUUCUUCUACAGCACCGCGAUCAGUGCUUGCAGCAGGGGUCAGGUCUGGCCGCAAGCCCUGCAAAUGCUGGGCAUCAUGACUUGCGCCGGCCUCACGCCAGACCUGGUCUGCCUCAGCGCUGCCGUACCCGCGGCCGGCGAAGGGAAGUGGGAUGGCGCUGUGCAGUUGCUGGAAGAGAUUCAGGAGAGCCGCUUCGAGAUGAAUGUGGUACCGUUCGAUGCAAGCAUCACCACCUGCAGAAAAGCCAGCCAGUUUGCCGCUGCGCGGCAGGUCUUUGGAGAUGUUGGCGCUUGGAAGCUGAAACACAGCGUUAUCACCUACAGCGCAGCCAUCACUGCAUGCGAAAAAUCCGCGGCCUGGCAAGAUGCAUUGGACUUGCUAAUCGUUGCAGCUGGAUGCAACCUGGCAAAGCUGGGCUUGAGGUCACCCACCAGGGACUCAAAGUUUUUGAAACAGAUCAACGAAAAGGUGAAACCCAUUCUUUGGGCACCCUACACAUUGGAAUUUCCGCGGUGCCAUGAGGUGAUUUUGUAUUCCGCGGCCAUCAGUGCAUGCGAGAAAGCUGCCCAAUGGACCGUGGGACUGCAGUUGUCGAUGGUUAUAGACAUCGGACCUGCGCUUUUGAAAGCGAAAGAGACGGUCAACGAAGGAAAUGAGCUUAGCACGCAGAAGAAGGUGGAACAGCGUGGGCCCCUAACCACCAGUCACCUCUCAGUGCGGCAUCUCGAUGUUUGCGAGCACAAACAUGUUUGGCGAUGGGUGCCAGAUCAGAGAUUAUCCAAUCUUUGGCACGAGCUCAGCACAGAGGAACGAACUCGAGUUGUUGAAACUCAUGCUGGAGGACAGGCAGCUAGACGUUUCUGCAAAGAAAUGGCCAAUCACGUGCGGCCGAAGGACUGCCGUGCCAGCGAAAAGGCCAAACGAAGCCUUGGGGCUGUGUUUAUGCUCGACCAGCACUCGCUCUCUAUUUACAAGGAGAUGUUUGUGGUGGCCGUGGAGCAAAAUGUUCCUUUGGCGAUCAACAUGCAGGUGAUUGAAGCUGUCGAUGGUGUCGUGCAGGACUUUUGCGCGGCGCGGCGUCAGCAUGAAGGUCGCCAAUCAGGUUAUCUAGAUCCACGACACUUCCCCGAAGGGUCGGACCUUUGGGUCCAGUACCGAGAAAGGGAGCAUGUUCGACUCAUGUGGAUGUCAACGAUGGCCAGAGUCUUUGAAAUUCGAUUGCUCCAUCUCUGGGAGUGCAGGCACGGCGCGGAGGAGCGAGAGGCGGCGCGGCAGGCCUCGCUCAGAGCUGCCAUGGAGCUAUUAGCUCUCGAAGACAAGGAGCAGUCCAAGGGCAAAAAGGGUGGGCAAGUCGGGCAAGUGGCCCUCGAGCCAACCACUGGCACAAAGGAGCGCCGAAAGAGACAAAGACAGAGAAAGAAAGAGGCUGCCAAAGAAGCCUCGGCGGAGCUCCAUGCUGCAGAAAUUGGCGGGGAGGAGGGCAUGGACGACAUUGACAUGGAGUUUAAGCAGCGUGUCUUGGAGCAUCUCCGGAUUCGCGCGGAAGAGGCAAAGAAGAGUGGUGGACAGCCGCAAACAGAUCGCGGCAAUGCCAUUCUCAAGGCGCUGUGUACGAAGUUAAAGGCGCAGCUGGAGUCUGUAGAUGAAGAACAAUCUGGCAAGUCUUUCUGAUAUUCCAUUCCCAUUCCAGAGCUGAGUCUGGGUUCAGGUCGACAGCUGUCAUGACUAGCUUUCCGCCUCGAAAUGGGCGAUGAGAAGCUCGCUGCUAUGCAGACAGCCCUU